AUGAUUGCCAAUCUGCCGCUGCUUUUCGCUAACGGGAAUCCGACUGCUUUGUCGAAGAUUACCGCCAUUGAAUUGGAGAAGUUCAUAACAUUCAUGGUGACAUGUUCCUGGGGACAUGAUACGGCGAAAGAUAUUCGGCAGCCACCAUGGUGGCCAAAGAAUGUUACAUUUUCUCAUCCAUUUAUCAAACCUUGUGUUGUUCCGGAAGAUUGGGAAGUGAGGCUAAAGAACUUGGUGAAAAGAUGUUACGACUAUCAUAAGAGCACUUUUCUCCUGGUAUUCUCUGCCCAGCUCGCUAGAUACCCACGCAAAAGACUCAGGUAUGUUGACAAUCGUGAUCAUACGACGUCUCUCUACUACCGGCCUAACGGUCGGCUAUUAGUUACAUUUCGAAAUGAAAAUCUUUUCUACGAUAAAGAGAUAUCAGUAGAUUUGAUUGAACCACAAGUAAAAUCUGCCGAUAUUUACCUUUGCGAUAAUUGCGAUAGUCAUUUUGAUAAUUUAGAAGUAUUAAAAGCACAUGAAAGGCUCUGUAAUAAUGAAAAUGUCCCAUCAAGUACAUGUAGUGGGGGUUUACCUGAAUUCCUGUCAGCACUGAAACUGCAACGCGUUGGUGAAAACAAUGAAGAUGAGUCUAUGAAAUUCAAUGACCCUGACAAUCGACCAAAAAAUACUAGAAGUGCGGCAAAUAUAGAUAGAGGUCCUCCCUACCCAUUUUCCUCUUUGGCUUAUAAGAAGAAUGCAAAAAUAAAUGUUCAAAGAGACACAACCUAUUCAAGAGAAAGAAUAGAAAGAUAUUGCUGUUCCUUAUCAACAGUUAGUAAAAAUGUAGGUAGCAAAGGCCGAAGUCAUCCAUUCCCUGUCAGAUAUCGACGUCCUAUUGAUUACUGGCAGAGAAGACAUAUAUUUCCAAAUCAGCGAAACAAAAAAGUACUCGAUCUCAAUAGCCAGUUGUUGCUUUUAAAAUGCAAACCUAUCACUGUGGAUGUUGAAAGGAUGUCAAUAGAGAAAAUACAGGAGUAUAUAGACAAUCUAAAAAAAGAGUCUGAAAGUAAACGCAUUGCUGAAGAAAAAGAUAUAGUAUUUGUUGAUGGACUUGAACCGGAACAGCCAAUGGAUGUAGAAUUUAAAAACUGUGAUCCACUCAAUAAAGUUGAUAAUGACUGUGAAGUGAUUGACUUGUGUUCUGAUGAUGAGUCUCCUAGUGUUAAUGAGAACUGUGACCCAAGGGCAGGGGUCACUUGUGUGAUGAGAGGUGGGGCAGUAUUACGGCGUACAGCAGCAACCCCACAGGCUCUGCCUGCCGAGCCCUGCGGAGCAGCUCGCCAACGCCCUCUCCCAUCUCUCAUCCUCCAACCACACCCUGUUAUAUUGAUAACUCAUACUCUGAACAACUUACAGACUAUAGCCUUAGAU